GUCGACGAGUCCGCGGGCGCCUGCGACAGGCAGCGCAGGGAGCUCGUGGGCCGCCUGCGGGACACGACGAACGACUACCAGGAGAAGAUCGCCGGGUGCUUCCAGAGGCAGAAGAUGCUCGCCGACGAGAAGUUGCGGGCCGUGGCGGGCUGGAGGAGAGCGCGCACACCGCCCUCGACAUCGUCGGUGGCGAGGAGAGGCGCCAGCAGCAGGAGGUGGAGGCCCCUGCGCCCGCCAGGUACAGCUGCGGCGCCGGCGGCUGGAGCUGCGGCGCGCGCCCUUGCUGCUGCUGAGCGGCUCCGCCUCGGUGCCGCGGAGGAGUGCCUGGACAGCGCGCAAGGUUCCGACGACAGUGCGAACUCGGGGAUCGCCGAUUGCUUCGACGAGGCCUGGAGAGACGCGCAGAAGGUGCUGAACCGCGCUGGGCCGCUCAUGGCGGAGGCGCCCACCGCUCAGCCCCAGGCCGCCCCUGCGGCAGGGCCGUCCCCGCCGGCGACAGCCGAUGCGGCCCUGGGGCCGAGCGAGGACGGCCCCAGCAGCGCGAGUUCCUUCUUCUCGCAGUCGCUGGCCAAGGGCGAGCAGCGCUGCAUCGACUGCGGCUUGCCGGACGCGGAUUGGGCCAGCGUUUCUUACGGACUGAUGCUACCUCUGCGUGGACUGCGCAGGGCAGCACCGCGGGCUCGGGGUGCCGAGCCUUCGUGCGGAGCACCACCAUGGACGUGUGGAGCCCGGAGCAGCUCCGGCGGAUGCAGCUGGGUGGCACUUCGAGCUUCCACGAGUUCCUGCAGGGCUACCCGCGGCUGCGGGACCAGCCGGCCACGCCGGCGGCGCUGGCGGCACGAUACGGCUCCCGCGCGGCCGCGCACUACCGGCGGCUCCUCGACGCCCGGUGCGAGGGCGAGGGCCUGGGCGACCUGGGCGCCCCGCCCAGCGCGGAGGAGGGGCACCUGGCCUGGCGGUCGCUGGACGGCGGGGGCGCGGGCUCCUCGGGGGGCGGUGCGCCGGAGGGCGCCGAGGCCGGCGAGGACAGCGAGGCCGCGGUGGGGUCGAUGGAGGACCGAGGAGCGUGCCAGACUGGAGGCCGUUUACCGCAGGCACCAGCCGGGCGCCCGGAACGCGGCAGGCCACCCGGCCGCGGCCGCGGCCGCCGAGCAG